GCAACAUCACCAAAAUGAAUCCAUUUAAACUUUCUCUCCUCCUACUCCUCCUCCUCCUCUCCUCCACCAACUCCCGCCCCACCCCCAAACCCUGCAAAACUCUCACCUUUUUCCUCCACGACAUACUCUUCGACGGCCACAACGCCCACAACGCCACUGCCGCCAUUGUCGCCGCCCCUGCUUGGGCUAACCGCUCCAAGCUCGCAAUCCUCAACCACUUCGGCGAUCUCGUCAUCUUCGACGAUCCCAUCACUCUACACAACAAUCUUCGCUCCCCCGCCGUCGGCCGAGCGCAGGGCUUUUAUCUAUACGAUAAAAAAGAUGUUUUUACGGCUUGGUAUGCCUUUUCGAUGGUUUUUAAUUCUACGGAGCACCGUGGUACCAUACAACUUAUUGGAGCAGAUCCGUUCCUGAACAAAACGAGGGAGGUGUCGGUGGUCGGCGGGACCGGCGAUUUCUUAAUGGCCAGAGGGGUGGCGACGCUUACGACGGAUGCAUUUGAGGGAGAAGUAUAUUUCAGACUUAUGGUGGACAUAAGGAUCUAUGAAUGUUACUCAUAACUAAAUGUAAUAUUCAAAAGUCUUAUGUUGUUUUUAUUUAAUGCUUCAUAGAUUUCUGCUGAUUUCUUCUGUUAAAAGUAAGUCUGAAGUCCAUUUUGGUGAAAAAAUAUUACAUCAGCAGUCUUGAUGAAAAAUUGUAUCAAGACUCCAAUCACUAUCUGCUGCAUGUGCAAUUCGGCCCCAUUAUGUAUUAAAAUAUUUAGUUUUUUUUAACUAAGAAUGGUCGGAUUGUACACCUGGCAGACAGUGAUUACAGUCCUGAUACAGUUUUGCAUGAGGACUCUUUAUAUAAUAUAUAUUUUUUUUUCAU